AUGGCAGGUGAUCUGUUUUUGUCAGAUCCUUCGAAGAAGAGAAGACGUUCGGGAAAAGCCACUAGUACUACAAAUAAGUCGAAGAGAUCAAGUCGAACAAGCACUCCAUCAGCAUCUAAAGAACAGGAUGAAGAAAUUUCUGGAGGCAGUGAUUCGGAAGAUGAACAAGGAAAUGUUUCUAUAGGAUCAGGGGAUGAAGAUGUCGACCGGGAUAACGAAGAAAUUGAAUCGGAUGAGGAGUUUGUGGAUGAGAAUGCGGCCGAUAAGAGAAGAAGGUUGGCUAAACAAUAUUUGGAUAACUUGAAGAGUUCUACGGAAAUGGGUGGCGAUUUCAAUGACUUCGAUGCACAAGAUUUGGAUGAUGAUAUAUUGGCGACACGUUUACAAGUAGAUGUGGCGGAAAAUAAGGGUUACGUGUAUAAGUUUAUUGGAGAGAGAGUUUCGUCGCAGAUUGACGAGAUUAAGACUGUCAUUACCAGAAUUGGAUCCAAGAACUUAACGGGGUUAUCGGUUAGAUAUCCGUCCUUGUACACAGUAUCCAAGGAUAUUGAAAUAAUCAAGUGGGAUAUCUCGUCAGACAAAAAGAAACCCCAAAGAAUAAAGCAUACUAGAGGUGGGUCUAAAUAUUUCAAAUUAUUCAAUAAUCCAAGUCAGAAUCACCACUGGGAUACAAUAAACUGUGUUGCGGCAUCUCCUGAUGGAAAGUUUAUUGUUACUGGUGGAAAUGAUUCCCGUUUGAUUAUAUGGUCUACGGAAAAUCUUGCAUGCUUGAAGGUAUUAGAGACAAGAUCCCCUGUAAAUUCGGUAAGCUUUCGUCGUGGAACAGAUCAAUUAUAUGCUGCUUGUGCCGAUUUAAGAGUCCGAACCUAUUCUAUAAACCAAUUUGCCCAAUUAGAAGUCUUGUACGGUCAUCAAGAUAACAUAUCUGAUAUUUCUGCAUUAGCAAAAGAGACAUGUGUAUCAGUUGGAUCCAGAGAUAAAACAGCAUUAUUUUGGAAGAUAUCUGAAGAGUCGAGAUUAACAUUCCGUGGUGGUGAUUCAACAGAUAGAAGAGCAAAGAAAUCCUAUAAGAAGAAGCAAAAUAAGGAAGAAGAACCAUCUGAUGAGCAACCAUUCCAUGCAGAAGGUUCGAUAGACGUUGUAUCGAUGGUUGAUGAAUCGCAUUUCGUUACCGGUUCUGAUAAUGGAAACAUUGCAUUAUGGUCGUUAGCUAAAAAGAAGGCCCUUUUCACCCAAAGAUUAGCACAUGGUUUACAACCAGAAUAUGCACCAUCCCAAGCUAGUGCAGAGAAGUCAAUCGAUAAUGCGUCCCGACAAAUUCCAGAGAGACAACCAUACUGGAUUACCGCAAUUCACGCAGUGCCAUAUAGUGAUUUAUUUGUAAGUGGGUCAUUUGACGGAAGUUUGCACGUAUGGAGAAUUUCGCAAGAGGGUUUGAGAUCAUUCGAGUUAAUUGGAAAAAUCUCUAAUGUGAAGGGUUGUGUUGUUAGAAUAGACAGUGCAGAAAUCGGUAACAACAAAGUGGUUAUUCAUGCUUUGGUAAGUAAAGAACAUAGAUUAGGGAGGUGGUUAGAAAAGAUUGAAGGUGGUAGAAAUUCAUUAGUAAGUUUUGCAUUCGACAUUUAA